AAAAUAUUCACCCACAAAACAAGUAAGCUUAGAAAAGCUUUCUCAUAACCCUGACAAAAUGGAACUUUCUUUAAACCAUCCAGCACCUAAUAAAACCAAUAUAAAGAGCAACAACUCUGCAUUUUUCUACUUUGAGUCCUGUCGACCCCCUUCUCUAGCCUUGUUCCUAUUACUCAUAGCCUACACUGUGGUCUUAAUUGUGGGCCUUUCUGGAAACCUCUCUCUCAUCAUUAUCAUCUUCAAGAAGCAGAGAGAAGCUCAGAAUGUCACCAACAUACUGAUUGCCAAUCUCUCUCUCUCUGACAUCUUGGUAUGUGUCAUGUGCAUCCCUUUUACUGUCAUCUAUACUCUGAUGGACCACUGGAUAUUUGGAGAUACCAUGUGCAAACUCACUUCCUAUGUACAGAGUGUCUCCAUUUCUGUAUCCAUAUUCUCACUUGUGUUAAUUGCUGUUGAAAGAUAUCAGCUGAUUGUGAACCCCCGUGGCUGGAAGCCCAAUGUAUCUCAUGCCUACUGGGGUAUCACCUUGAUUUGGCUGUUUUCCCUUCUGUUGUCUAUUCCCUUCUUCCUGUCCUACCACCUCACUGAUGAGCCUUUCCACAACCUCUCUCUAUCCACUGACUUCAAUACUCACCAGGUGGCCUGUGUAGAGAACUGGCCCUCCAAAAAGAACCAGCUCCUCUUCACUACCUCCCUAUUUAUGCUCCAGUAUUGUGUCCCUCUGAGCUUCAUCCUCAUCUGCUACCUGAAGAUUAUUAUCUGCCUCCGUAGGAGAAAUGGAAAGGUAGACAGAAAGAGAGAAAAUGAGAGCCGGCUCAAUGAGAACAAGAGGAUCAACACAAUGUUGAUCUCCAUUGUGGUGACAUUUGGGGCCUGCUGGUUGCCCUUGAAUAUCUUCAAUGUCAUCUUUGACUGGAAUCAUAACGUGUUGAUGACCUGCCACCAUGACCUGGUAUUUGUGGUUUGCCACUUGGUUGCUAUGGUUUCUACAUGCAUAAACCCUCUCUUUUAUGGUUUUCUCAACAAAAAUUUUCAAAAGGACCUGGUGGUGCUUAUUCACCACUGCUGGUGCUUUACACCUCGGGAAAGAUAUGAAAAUAUUGCCAUCUCCACUCUGCACACAGAUGAAUCUAAGGGAUCAUUAAGAUUGGCUCCUACAUCAACAGGUAUAUAA